CGUCCUUUGUUUUGCUUCAAGUAGCUCUCCUCUCCUGUGGUGACUGUCAUCUGUUUGCUCUUGCACAUUCUCAUACCCUUACUCUGUCACAACGUACUGCAAGCGGCAAACAUCACAACACGGUGAUGUCAGGCACACGGACCAUUUAAGCUUCGCAAAUCCUGAUUGGCCGUUAGUUCCAUCAUUCGGACCUCACCGCCAGACCCAGGCUACCAGACGCCCAAGUUUCGUAGCUCCGUCGAUAUUUUCUCAUCUACAUAGUACUGGGGGAUCUGUACAUCCGUCGAGCUAUCGCAACCAUGACCGACACGCCGCAGACAACUGCAGGUGCCGAUCCCAAGGAGGCCAGGGUCCUCGAACAGCAUUUAGACCCAAGCUACGACUUCUCAGAGUUUGACCCAGCAACACCGGCUCAGGAAGAUGGCGCAGACAGCGCUUCCAACUCAGGCGACCGUCAAAUGCCAGAGUCGUCGUUGCGGCUGCAGGGCGGCGAUAUCCAUCGUGAUCUGUACAAAAUCGCUGCACAGAACCGGCGGCAAAAGUUGCACCAACGAGCAGCAACCUUUUCCGACGCAGUACAUUUUGGCCGCAACAGUGCGCCGUCUAUUUCAGAUGUUGACCAUGACGAACUCCCCGUUCGCGACCAGCUUGCACCCGGCGGACUGAGACGACAAUACUUGCAGCGGCAAAGCAAGCGUGUCAGCUACAUCUCGGAGCCUGUGACGCGAAACUUCAUCUCAUUCCUUGAGCUGUACGGCCAGUUUGCUGGUGAAGAUCUUGACGAAGAUACAGACGAAGAGUCUGCCAUUGAUGAUGAAGAGGAAGAGGCGCAAGGCGAGCGCAGACCACUUCUCGGACGACGACAGAGUUCGAAAAGACUGAGGCAACAGGGCGACGCAGACCAAGUGAAGACCUUCUUCACUCUCCUGAAGGCCUUCAUUGGUACCGGAAUCAUGUUUCUGCCCAAAGCCUUCAAGAACGGCGGAAUGCUGUUUUCGUCCGUUACUAUGAUCUUGGUAUCUGCCAUCACCGCACUGUGUUUCGAGUUACUGUUGGCGACGAGGAAGAGAUAUGGUGGCGGUGGUUACGGUGAUCUAGGUUCCAUUGUCGUGGGACCGAGAUUUCGUGCCCUCAUCCUGAUUUCUAUCACGCUGUCCCAAAUCGGCUUUGUAUGCGCUGGUCUUAUCUUCACGGCAGACAAUCUCCGAUCGUUCCUUGACGCUGUUGCUCAUGCAAAAGAACCGCUUUCUACCAAUGCGCUCAUUGGUAUCCAGAUUGCUGUUCUGAUACCCAUGUCCUUCAUCCGAAACAUCUCCAAGCUCGGACCUGCCGCUCUUCUCGCCGAUGUCUUCAUCCUCAUCGGUCUGACGUACAUCUACUGGUACGACAUCUCGUGGAUCGCCAAGAUGGGAGGCUUCCACCCGUCUAUUGAGCUUUUCAACCCUCGUGACUUCACCAUGACCAUCGGUUCCGCCAUCUUCACCUUCGAGGGCAUUGGGCUCAUCCUUCCCAUUCAGUCCAGCAUGAAGGAGCCCGAGCACUUCAGCAAGCUCCUCUACCUUGUCAUGCUCAUCAUCACCGUCAUCUUCACGUCCGUCGGCGUGCUUUGCUACGGAACCUUUGGCGAGAACGUGUCAGUCGAGGUCAUUACCAAUUUCCCCCAGUCUAGCAAGCUCGUCAAUGCUGUCCAGUUCCUCUACUCUAUGGCCGUCCUAGUCGGCACACCAGUGCAGCUCUUCCCCGCUAUGCGUAACAUCGAGCUUAAGAUCUUUGGCCGCGCAUCCGGCAAGCAGAGUAACAUGACCAAGUGGAAGAAGAAUGCUUUCAGGACUAGUCUUGUCAUUCUCUGCGGUCUCAUUGCUAUCCUUGGAGCUAGCGACUUGGACAAGUUUGUUGCGCUCAUUGGAAGCUUUGCUUGUGUGCCUCUGGUGUACAUUUACCCUGCUUUCUUGCACUACAAGGGCGUGGCCAACCGUCCUUGGGAGAAGUUCGGCGAUGUCACUAUGAUGGUUGUCGGAGUUGUUGCCAUGGUGUACACUACUAGUGUUACUCUUGCUAGGUGGUCUGAGACUUGAGACUAGACAGAUGAGGAGGAGGGGUCGCGGAAAAAGUCCUUUUAUAGUACGGCGGGCAUGGGCUUACUUGUUGCAUAGUUUGUUAUUUUGGCAUGGCGUUCUGGGGGGUGGACGGAUAUUUGUAUGUUAUAUGCACGUUCAGAAUUUCAUGUAAUCAGUAAUGAGUAAUCAGUAAUGGAGUUUUCUCCAUGAAAUUCUGUUACUGAUUACACAUUACUGAUUACAUGAAAUUCUGAGCGUGCAUAUGUUACAUAGUUGCGAACUUAUCUCAUCGCAUUAAUUACGUGGUUCGCUCUAAA